UAACCUUUCCAUUACUGCCAAGAGUAUUCUUCGGAAGCACCAUGCAGAUCAGUCGUGGAUGAGCUCAGCGCGACUGCAGUGGCCUGCGGCUAUUUUACAGUGUAACAACUGCACUAAUUUGCGUCGAACUGUCCGAAAUCUGUGCUUAACUCUGGCACUGAUCUGAUUCCAUUCGACAUUUCGAAAGGAAACGGUAUUUUUAGCAGAAUGAGCAACAAAGACGACAUUACGAAGUGUCCCCCAGCCCCGAUAUCCAGCUUCACCAUACAGUCCAUCCUUGGGACCUCGUCGAAGGAAGAACGCACAGGUUGCAAAGACAAUGCAAAAGUAAAUGCCAGGAAGCGAUGUUUGUCCGAUUCCUCGGAUGAAGAGUUAACCGAGGAAGGAUACAAAGAUCGAGACUGCUUCUGUUCCGACUCUGGCCCCGGAGAACCUUGUCGUAGACACCAGACUAUCAGCUACACGUGUGUGAAUAAUUCUAAAGGAGUUGGCACCGCGGGGCAGGAGAGCACGGAGAGGAGACAGCAGUACCUGUCGCAAGAUGGUCAGAUUUACAAGGAAGAAAAGGAGAAAAACUGCACGCAGACAUCAUCAGAUAGACAGAGGGAGACGGACAGACAAGGGAAUCCGGCCAAAAAGAAGACGCGUACGGUUUUCUCCCGGAGCCAGGUCUACCAGCUAGAAUCCACGUUCGACAUGAAACGUUACCUGAGCAGCUCGGAAAGAGCUUGCCUCGCCACCAGCCUCCAGCUCACAGAAACGCAGGUCAAAACCUGGUUCCAGAACCGCAGGAAUAAAUGGAAGCGACAGCUCUCAGCAGAACUCGAGGCGGCCAAUAUGGCCCACGCGUCAGCGCAGACUCUAGUCGGAAUGCCUCUAGUCUUCAGAGACUACUCGCUUUUGAGGGUUCCCGUACCCAGAUCAAUUGCGUUCCCAGCUCCUUUGUACUAUCCAGGCAGCAACAUUGCAGCUCUUCCCUUCUACAAUCUCUACAACAAAAUUGAAUACUGACAUUUUCUGUCCACGUCUCUUUAUAAUUGUUUAACAAUUAAAGUGUAUAUUUAUAUAAUAUCCGUAUCUGUUUAAAAUAUAUCUUUCUUAUAUGCAAUCACUUGCAUAAUUAUAAAGACAUCGUGCUUCUCUAUAAAUUGUAUUAAAUAUACAGUGUAUAUAUGGAUUAAGUUGUAGUUUCUUAUUUGAUAAUUAUUUAUUUCCUUUAUAUGAAGAUGAGCGCGUUAGGCUAAAAUGGUCACACCAGAAUGGAUAGUGCAAAAUAUAAUAACACAAAUAAAAUGAAGUUGGAUAUUCAUCAUCGAAAUAUUGCAGAAAUCACAACAAAUCACAACUGGUCUGAAUGUAUUGUACGCAAUUCAUAAUAUUUCAUUUUUUUUGUCAUAACGACAAUCGCUCUUAUGGCAAGGAAUAUUAACAGUCAGGAAGUGUCAGGGAAGGAAUAAUGUACAUGCUAGUGCUGCGCAUGGCGUGCUUUCAAAACCGGUGAAUGCUAUUUUAUUUGCGGCAUUCUGAAGAAGGGUCUCGACCCGAAACGUCACCCAUUCCGUCUCUCCAGAGAUGCUGCCUGUCCCGCUGAGUUACUCCAGCUUUUU